CAGCUGUCACGGGGAGAGAGAGCUAGUUGACGCACGCGCUUGUGUCUCCAUGCUAGCCGGCGAGUUGUUUAGACACGAAAUAAUCUGCAAUUCUACUCGCAGGAAAGAAAGAGAUAUCAACUUGUUACAGGACAGUAUCAAUAUUAAACUGGACCAAGUGGAUCAGUGACCGAUUCCAGCAGGAAAGGGGCUGUGUACCGCUGCAGAAGGUGUAGGUCAGGUGGUUGUGCCGAAGAGAGAAUAGCAGGUUUCUCGGAUGGAAGCUGGCUAGGGCUAGUUUAUUUCUUGUCAAUUAAUAAAAUAGUUUUACCUCGUCAAACAUACGACGGAUUGCCAGUAGUUGCUGCAUAGCAAAACAUAGUUCGGCCGGGUCGGCCGGUUAGCUACCGAGCUAAUGACAAGAUAGCUUGCUCAAUAGUUAUGUCGAGCAGUUUCACAAAUAAAACGUCUUUGCUAAGCAGCUCUCCACAGAGCCCUGAGAAUAGGGUCUCGUCAGUCGGCAACAAUAACAGAGACUGGGACUUGGAAAAAGAUGUAUUUGUAUGCUGCUAUGAAGAGCCUAUUGGUGAAACAAUGCUGGCGGGGAUGCACUCAGUUCAGCCAGGUCUGGACAGGCACAUGCCGCUGCUGCGAGGCCGCCACCGGGUUCCUCCGGACUGUAUGAUACUGGGCCUAGAAGAACCUUACCCCGGCUGUCACAACAACCGGAGUCCUCCCGCAGCCUACCUCGACACCGGUUCUCUGGCCUUCAGUGAAAAUGACCGGAACGCCACCCCGGUGUUGGAAAGCAGAAAGAGGACUCGGAGCAGUAGUUCAAGGAACCGGUAUAACGAGGUUGUCACAGAAUUGGGACCCGAAGAAGUGCGGUGGUUUUACAAAGAGGACAAAAAAACGUGGAAGCCUUUCAUUGGACACGACUCUUUGAAAGUUGAGGUCAUGUUUCGUAAUUUCUGCGAACUGAACCCUGAAACGACCAAGCGCCAGGGUUCUUUGGGAAUGGAUGAAGCGUACGAGGAAGAUAAUGCAAGCGGGGUGGAAGCGACAACUGGGGUGUCGAACGGAAUCGAGCGAGCUGGACCAGUGCCUGCGCCGAGAACUACGGUGAAUAGGAACAGGGGUUCGAUGGAGAGAACGGACUCCUCAGACGAAAGACACCUUGAUUCAAUAAACAUCAACGUAGAGGCUGUAUGUGUCAGGGGUGGGCUGUAUGAGGUGGAUGUCAAAGACAGAGAAUGCUAUCCUGUGUAUUGGAAUCAGCAGGAGAGCAUUCCUGUCAUGAGGGGCCAGUGGUUCAUCGACGGCACCUGGCUCCCAUUGGAGGAGGAGGAGAGUGACCUCAUUGAGGUGGAGCACUUGACCCGUUUCCUUGGGCAGCAAAUGCAGGACAGCUUCGACUCUGACUCUGUGGUGGCCAAAACAGUCGACAGCAAAGAUGUUCUCUCCCACCUGCCCCCUUUCUACCUCCCCUUUCUUUUCAAAUGGAGUGGAUAUCAACCGAGUGCUACAACUAAAUGUCUCAAGCGCAAACGCUGCUCAGCUGUCCACAGUUUGAAAUUGAGUCGGACCCACGUGGACUGGCACAGUGUGGACGAGGUCUACCUCUACAGCGAUGCCACCACCUCCAAGAUCGCCCGCACUGUCACCCAGAAACUGGGCUUCUCCAAAGCUUCCAGCAGUGGUACACGGCUCCACCGGGGCUAUGUGGAGGAAGCCUCCUUGGAGGACAAGCCCCCCCAGACCACACACAUCGUCUUUGUGGUCCACGGCAUUGGACAGAAGAUGGACACAGGACGCAUCAUCAAGAACACUGGCAUGCUAAGGGAGGCAGUAAGGAAGAUGGAGGAGAAGCACUUUUCGGAGCACACAGAGGAGCACGUGGAGUUUCUGCCUGUAGAGUGGCGCUCCAAACUGGCACUGGAUGGGGAUACAGUAGACUCCAUCACCCCAGACAAGGUGCGAGGACUGAGAGACCUGCUCAACAGCAGUGCCAUGGACAUCAUGUACUACACCAGCCCCUUGUACAGGGACGAGAUCACCAAGGGCCUGACGUCAGAGCUGAACCGCCUCUACACCCUGUUCUGCUCCAGGAACCCAGAGUUUGAGGAGAAGGGGGGCAAGGUGUCCAUCGUGUCUCACUCCCUGGGCUGCGUGAUCACCUUUGACAUCAUGACAGGCUGGGACCCGGUGAAGUUCUGUCUGCAGGAGCAUCAGGAUCUGGAGGAGGAGCUGGACCUGAGAUGGGUCUCCUAUGAGGAGAGAUGCCUGCUGGAGCAGCUGCAGCUCACCAGGAACAGGUUACGAGAGCUGGAGGAUCAGCUUCAAGGCCUGGAGGCCUCCAAACCACUAGCACUCCCUGCUCUUAAAUUUAAGGUGGAGAACUUCUUCUGUAUGGGCUCUCCCCUGGCAGUGUUCCUGGCCCUGAGAGGGAUUAGACCAGGGAACAGUGGAGAACAGGACCACAUUCUGCCUCGCUCCAUCUGCCAGAGGCUAUUCAACAUCUUCCACCCCACGGACCCCGUGGCCUACAGACUGGAGCCCCUCAUCCUUAAACAUUACAGCAACAUUGCACCUGCACAGAUACACUGGUGUAGUGCUAUAGACCCCACGCCGUACGAUGAGAUCCGUCCCACCUUCAUUAACCCGCAGAAGGACCCGACGUCUGACACAGAGAGCAUCCCCAGCCCCUCCACCUCCCCUGUCCUGGCCAGGAAAUACUAUGGAGAGUCUAUUGCCAGCAUGGGCAAGGCCAGCAUACUAGGAGCGGCCAGUAUUGGUAACAGUAUAGGGAAGGGAAUAGGAGGGAUCCUGUUCUCUCGGUUCUCUCGGUCUGCGCCCUCCGGAGUGUCCUGUGCCAUCGAGGCUGGGACCCCAGAGGGGGAGGAGCCGAAGAGGACCGUCGAUAGCCAAUCAGAUUACGGCCUGUCGUCCACCUUGUCCCAGUCCCCCUCCACACUCAUAGACCCCUCAGUGGAAAUGGAGCGCCGCAUCGACUUUGAACUCCGUGAGGGCCUUGUGGAGAGCCGCUAUUGGUCAGCGGUGACCUCUCAUACAGCCUAUUGGGUCUCACAUGAUAUUGCGCUCUUCCUACUGACGUUCAUAUACAAGCAGGCCAACGUGCCGCCACCCACAGACAGUCCUGACCCAGAGUAAACACACAGAGCGACUUCGCCAUGUCCACACUCACACAUAGCAUCUCUAUCACCCUUUGUUACUCCAUUCUCUCUAACUAAUGUUAUACUGACACACUUCUACUAACACACAGACCUCCUUUCGUACUGUUUAGGAUGGAUACCCAUUCACCCAAGGGUGACACAUUGGAUUAUGGCCCCCUAAGGGGGCAGCCUGCCUGUCACUGUGAUGACCAGUUCCCAUGCAUGGUCUGUGAAGCAUGGGGGAUAGUAGAGUCCUCCAUCUAUUUCAUUGCACGCUCCCAAAGGCGUCUCCUCUUCCUCUUAAGAUCACAGUCUCUGCCUGAAACUGCUGCCCUCUCAGAUAUACCAGUCUCGAACUCCCCCCGCCAUCUCCAACCCCCCCCUCAUGUGUAGCAGGCAUGGUUCAGCCAUAGUUCAGCCCAACCCAAAGCUCUACUCUCCUCCACAGACUCUUUAUGGAGCUGUGGGAUGCACAAGCCAGCCUGGACCUCUCGGUAACCUCCCUCAUCCACACUGGUCUGUAUCUUCUUACCCUGAGUUACGUUUCCAUCGACAAGAACCUGGGCUGGAUACUGGGACCCUCAAAUAAUGGAAAGACUUAUGAAGGAAAUUAAAUUUGUGUAGCUUUGUCUCAAAAAGUAUGUUACUGUCUGAGCGAACUCAAUGCAACUUUCAAAGGGGUCUAAAUGUUAUUUCUAUAAUAGAAUGUUAAUAUAUUUCACUAAGAAAAUAAUACUACAGUUUGUUUUUUCUUUAUUUGUUUUGGAAAUGUGGAAGUGUGAGGCGAACUCGUUCGCUGUACUUCGAGUUAGUGUUCCUCCUUUUCAUUACCAUUUGACCAUCGAGUGACAGUAGUGAGAGCAUGAGCCUCACACAAAGCUCUGCAAAAAAACAUUUUCAUUUCUUUAUACAACAAAGUUAUUAGAUGACGUACAUUUUAAGUCGGAAGUUUACAUACACCUUAGCCAAAAUCAGUUUUUGCAAUUCCUGACAUUUAAUCCUAGUAACAAUUCCCUGUCUUAGGUGAGUUAGGAUCACCACUUUAUUUUAAGAAUGUGUUUGAAGGUAGGCCUUGAAAUCCACAGGUACACCUGCAAUUGACUGAAAUGAUGUUAAAUAGCCUAUCAGAAGCUUCUAAAGCCAUGACAUAUUUUCUGUAAUUUUCCAAGCUGUUUAAAGUCACAGUCAACUUAGUGUAUGUAAACUUCUGACCCACUGGAAUUGUGAUACAGUGAAUUAUAAGUGAAAUAACCUGUCUGUAAACAAUUGUUGGAAACAUUACUUGUCAUGCGCAAAGUAGAUGUCCUAACCGACUUACCAAAACUAUAGUUUGUUAACAAGAAAUUUGUGGAGUGAUUGAAAACAAGUUUUAAUGACUCCAACUUAAGUGUAUGUUAACUUCCGACUUCAACUGUGUAACAGCAUUACCUUAUGUCUUUGGUUUUAGUAACUGAAUGGUGCUGUGUGGCAAACUGUUUUCUUUGAGGUACAUUUGAAGGUCUCAUCUUUGGCUCCAGGGAGUGAGUGGCACUGGCUUGACUUUCACUUGAUUUUCAGAUGACGUUCAUACAAUGUCAGCAGGACAUUCAAGUGACACAGACAUCCGUCCAUGUUAAAGUCAAGCUUGGUGAGUGUCAUUUUGCCUGUAGCCAGCCUUGACUAGUAACUUACAUUAUUGUCAUUAAAUGUAAUUUAGUUUCUCUUUUAGUCACCGAGAAGCAAUGUUAGGUCCCUGUAUGGAGCUCUGAAAUGUACCCUCCAUUUUAUGUUACAGAGAAACUUUUCAUUCUAACCAAAACACAGGUGAAGUCAGUUCUGUUCAGAUGGAUAGUCUGAAGUCUAAUUUGCUCCUAAUGUAUACAAUUCAAGUGUCAAAGAGAGAUCAUGUCAAUGCUUAAUCCAGGCCGUAUCACAACCGGCCGUGAUUAGGAGUUCCAUAGGGUGGCACACAAUUGGCCCAGCGUCGGUUGGGUUCGGCCGGUGUAGGCUGUCAUUGUAAAUAAGAAUUAGUUCUGAACUGACUUGCCAAGUUAAUUUUGUGGUUAGAAGGAGUAGCUGUCACUCACAGGUUUGAGCCAGUAGAAACUCUCCUAAGAAACCUUAAAGGUUAUAAACAGGAAUUGACCUUCAGGCACUAAAAUAUUUACAUUGAUUCCCUGAUCAAUAAAAUGGAAAGAGGAUGUAUAUAUUUUUUAUCCAAUUUUUUCUAAAUGAUCAUUUUCAAAUAUAUAGUAGUGUUAACAUAGAUCCCUUAAAGGUCCAAUGCUGCUGUUUUAUCAAUAUCAAAUAAUUUUGGGGGUAAAAAUUAAGUACUUGGUUAAUUAAAAAGGAAAAAAUUGCUUCUUAGUAAAGAGCAAUUUCUCAACAAGAAUUUGUCAAGGACUGUCUGUGAGUGGUCUUAGUGGGGAGGGGAAACUGAAAACUAUCUCUUAUUGGCAGAUAAGUUUGGAACUCUUUUUUUUAUUGGACUAUUAACUAAUUUACCGCUUGGUGAUGUCACCAGAUAAGCCAAAACUCAAUCCAACCAAAACAGGCAGUCUUUUCAAACGACUCUUACACUAAAAGGGCAUUAUCAUCGUUUUGAAAAUGUUCUACCUCAGUGUGGAAAUGUAUAUAAAACACAGGGAAAUUAAGUUUUUGACUGCACUGGGCCUUUAAGGGAACAGGGAAUUCAGCAGGUGGCCAAAUAUUACUGUUAUUUUAUGAGUGCUUUACUCUUAAUGGCUAAGCCAGUAUGAACAGAGCAUGUUGAAAUACAAGGGCGUUUUCCUUCUACAAAAGGGCUUCAGGUUAGUUAUUCAGCUUUAGUCACUUUUUCCAAGAACAAUAUGCAAAGCUAAACAAGCUCAGUACAUUUGUUUAUGGCUCAAAGAGAAACAUGAUGCCUGAAUCACUUUGCAUCCCAUCUGGUCAUUUUAAAUGUAAAUGUGUCUCAUCUGGGUUAUUGCAGUGUUGCCAACAGAUGUUUGAAAUCCUAAAGCUGCAUUCAAAUGGUCUGGCACUGGCUGCUCAUUAUCUAAAAAAAACAACACACGGCAUGUUUUUAAAUAAACCGUUUUUUGCAAUAAGAUGCGGGAUGAUGAAAUGGAACUAACCUCAAAUCAACUUGUGUGCUGCUCACUGCACAUUGUCUUUGUAGCGUUCCCUGUAUGUCCUAUGCUUUGUUAUCCGAAUAACAGUCAAAUUAAUUGUAUAAUAAUAUGUAUAGCACACACUCUUGCUAAGGGCUGGUGUCUAGUCAUCCACACAAUGGAUUUCUUUUAUUUUUUAUUUUGAAUGUGCUCAUUUGGGAUCAUUGCAGAAGAGUGGCGUGAAUGUUAGUGGGGCCUAUUCUGUGAAUCAAAUCAAAUGGACUCAGACCAGGCUGCCUUGAAGAGGACCAGAUAACAACUCUUGAUGUCAUGGGCAGUAAGGGAAAAUGACUUGGAGUUGUUCAGAAUGAAUGUGGAUGGUGGAUACACUUUCUCAAUGGCUAUAAAUGUCACAGGAGCGCUUUAGACAUGGAUCUUAUUGCUUUUGUGUGUUUGUUAAAUGUCUGACAGAGGUGAAAGACUAUGCCUCUUUUCUGCCAUUUAAAUCAAGUUGUUUCCACAUUGGGCAGUCAUGCAACUAAUUCUCUCUUAUGAAGGUUUUGAACACUCCCCAACAUGUUGUUUUAAGUAUACUGGUCAAGGACAGUUGAACUGAUGUCUCUGCAUGCUAAAAUGAUACCUGCUGGGUAUGGGGUUUAGAAUGAUGGUUGGAGGGGGCUAUCAUAAUUGUGGUUGGUUAAAGUUCUGAUACAUCAGGCCAGCUAUCACAAGGUGAACCUUAUUCAAAUACAGGCAAGCACCGAAUGUCAACUGUGUUCGGAAAUAUAUUGGCUGAAGAAAUUAGUUUAAAUAGUUUGAUGUGCAGGUUCUGUUUUGAUAAUGGUCUUGGGACUCUCUUGUCAGGGAGGUUUCACAAACCUCAGGGAUAUGUCUGUUAUAUUGUCUGACCAUCUCAGCUCUGAACAUUUAGUGAAGCCACAGGGAAGUCAAAGUACAGUUGCUAGCUGGUCUAUCACAGUCACCCACAGUUUGAGAGCUUUGGUUCACCUUUGAACCCUAAGGUAUCAUCUGUCAAACCGGUUGUGUUCAGUAGGGCACACUGUAGAAUACAGUAUGUUUGGGAUGAAAUAUAGACGUCAGUGUUCUUAUUAGAUAAGUUCUGAUAGUACCGCCUUGUUUUCCUGUUACAAAACAAUUUCCACCUAAUGAUAUGCCCCAGAGCUCUCGCCUUUCAGAUUAUGUCCGCAGAAUGAGAAGUACCAUCUUGGAAUGUCUGCAUUGUCUGAGUCGACUGUAUGAACUCAACCUUUUUCAGUAAGACUGACUUUGACUUUCUGCUGGAAAAGUGACUCCCUAGAGCUGUUCAAUAACCCACCAUGCCUGUAAUCAAACUGCCAUCCAAAACAUUUUAUUUUAUUAAAACAUUUUUCUUAUUUUA